AUUUGAGCAUUUGAACAUUAAACGUUGGAACGCGCACGUAUAGUACAAAAAUUGUUAAGAAGAUUAAAAGUAGGAAAGCGAAUAUUAAAAAAAUUAUACCUAUAUUAUUAAAGAAAAUGUAUAAAAGAUUAUUUUACGGCCUUGUGUUAAACAAAAAAAUUAUAAUGAAUUAAAAAUGUUAGUAUUUACAAUAAUGCUAUAAGCAAGUUCUUAAAAUUCAUAAGUAGGUAUAAAAAGUGUAAAGAAAUCUGCAAAUUGUGUUAAAUGACCCUUUAUGAAAAGUAACAAGCCAAAGUGAAAUAAGAUAACGAACAAACUACUUUUGUUCCCCACUCUCCACAUAAUUUAUGUACACACUAUCAGUCAACCUAUGUACCUACAUAUACAUAUAGGUGUAUAUUAUAUCUGAUAUUUGUUGGUGGAGAGAUAAUAAAAAGUUUAUGUGAAUGACGCCAAAAUUUAUUUAUACAACAAAUUGAUAUUUAAUAAAGAAUUUCCGUAGUUUUUUAAACGUAUAAAAAACAACCACGUGAAAAUAGUGAACGAACGGCCGAUCGAAAGAAGUGAAUUUGUUCUACUUGUUGUUGUAGUAGGUACGAUUUACCUGCAUUUAUAAUAAUCUUAAAUUGUUUGUAUUGAAAUUCAAAUUAAACAGAAAUAUUUAAGUGUAUUUGUUCUCAUUUUGUUGUUAUUAUUUUCUCUAUCCACGAGAUACAAGAUACAUCAGUGCACUUAGUAGUUUGUAUGAAUUAUUUAUUGAAUGCAGUGCUUUUCCACUUGUUUUUUUGUUUUGAUGUGUGAGUAAAUGAGCGAAUGAGUAGUGAGUUGAGUACCUGUUGUGAGGUGUUAAACGUAUUUUAGACGAAGGUUAAAUUUUAGCCACGGUUUAACAACGAAAUUACAAAAAUAAAAGAAAAGUGUUUUUAUUUUGCGUUUAUAACUCAAAAGAUACAAAAGUAUAAAAGAAAAAAGUGCAACUAACCGACCAAACGAUCCUAAAUCUAUGUAAAAGUAACGAACGAGUAUUUUUUUCGAAUGCGCUAAAACUCAUCCAUCUACUAAAACGAUCUCAUUCGUGUUAUGUUUCCAACUAAAUGCAAAAUACUACGAAAUGCUUUAAGCGUGUAUGUCAAUGUCAAAUAAUAACAACAACAAUAACGAUCGUCAACAACUACUACAAACUACUACUAGGAAUUCUUCUACUACUUUAGCUUCUUUUUAUUCAUCUUCAAGUUUUUUAUUUCAUUUUUUGUUUUUAAAUAAAAUAAUAAAACAAACCCAAUAAACAACAUCAACAACAGCUAAAAGAAUAACAAAAAAUAAAGAAACAUCAACACAACCAAACGACCGGCCGUGAUAUCUUUAAGAUACACCUUUAAAGAAACACUGAUGAAAAAUAACUUAAAAAUACAAUAAUAAAAAAGUUACACUAACAACACCAGCAACAACAAUAAAAACAUUUAACAAAUCUACGAGUAUUUUUGUUGUCUUUUGGUUUUUUCCUCAUAAAAAAAUAAAAAUAAGCACGUUUCAGUGAACACGAGAGUGAGAGAACAACGAUUAGAGGAGAAAAUCAAAAAUUAAACUAACAACAAUAACAACAAAAAAAAGAAAAACAAAAUUAAAAAACUAAUAAAAAUUUACUGAAUAACAACGUGACCACUGACCGGUUUUUGCGCUUAGUUUUUGUGCCUGUUCUGUUCUUUGGUUUACUUUUUACUUAUUUCUGCCAAGAUAUUUAAAACAAACAAAUCUUCACACGCACUCACAGAUACGGAAACCAUUAAGGCCUAAAUAACAAGGUCCUAAAAUAAAACGUACACAAUUAAAAGUAGACGACAAGAAUGCUAAAAUCAUUUUAGCGCCCCAAUUUUUAAACGAAAUAUAAAAAAAAAUAUGAAGACCCAAUGAAUACUUGUUAAAAAUAAAUUUAAUAAAAAAAAUCAAAUAUACAUACUAGUACUUACAACAACAAUAACAACUACAAAAUGUUACUGCUAUCAACUACCUCUAGAAGUUUUCCACUCGGACUUUUUCUAUUCCUGUACAUCUACUCUGCGACUUCGUUUAAUCUGGAGAAUCGUCUGCCCAUUGUUAAAUUCAAUGCAAACCCUUCAUCAUACUUUGGAUAUUCCAUUGCCACUCAUACAGUAGGUGAAUACAAUUGGCCGAAUAAUACAAAAUGGCUUCUGGUUGGAGCACCUUUAGAUAAAAAUUUACAACCUGGUACAAAUCAUUCCGGUGCUUUAUAUAAAUGUCCCAUUACGCAAAAUAUUGAUGAUUGUGAACAGAUAAUUACAGAUGGACGAAGAUCGCCUGAAGGAGUCUAUGAACCUAGUAAGUGCAUUCGAUAGCGAUGAUAUUGAGGAAUUGGCCGAACCAUCAUAUGAUGAAAUCAAAGAGGACCAAUGGCUGGGCGUUACAGUUCGCAGUCAAGGUUUGGGAGGCAAGGUUUUAGUCUGUGCUCAUCGCUACAUAACAAAAGUGCGCGAAAAUCGUUAUGGUCAAGGACUCUGUUAUGUUUUAACCAAUGAAUUGAGUUACGAUGAAGUUUAUGAACCAUGUAAAGGCCGAACUGUUCAAAGAGCCCAUGAAGAUUAUGGCUUUUGUCAGGUGGGCACUUCGGGGGCACUGUUGGACGAUAACACUAUGGUCUUAGGUACUCCCGGCCCCUUUACAUGGCGGGGUACUGUUUUCGUUACGGAAAUUGGUGGCGAAUACUUGGAACGCGAUAAAAAUAUGUAUUAUGGUGAUCAUUCGGACACAUCUUCGCCCGUCGACAAAUACAGUUAUUUAGGCAUGGCUGUGACGGGAGGUCGUUACUUUGGCGAACGAAUGUCGUAUGCUGCUGGAGCACCACGUUCAAAUGGUCACGGUCAAGUUAUAAUAUUCGAUAAAGACAAUAGAAAUCCCAUACCAGUGCACAUGAUCAUUGAAGGUGAACAAUUCGCAUCUAGCUUUGGAUACGAAUUGACCACGGCUGACAUCAACGGUGACCAGAAACCUGAUCUAAUAGUCGCAGCGCCUUUCUACUUCAACAAAAGCGAAGGCGGUGCUGUAUACAUCUAUCAAAAUGCUAAAGACAACUUACCAUAUAAGCCAACACUCAAAUUGACAGGAUCAUUUGAAAGCCGUUUUGGUUUAGCUCUUGCCAAUAUAGGUGACAUAAAUAAAGAUAAUUGCGAGGACUUAGCUAUUGGAGCACCAUAUGAGGACGAUGGAGUUGUUUAUAUUUAUUUGGGAAGUAGAAAUGGUUUAAAUAGCAAACCGUCGCAGCGCAUUCAGUCGAAUGAUUUGGGACUGCUUCCCAGACCCAUUAAAACAUUUGGCAGCUCAAUAACCGGUGGCACCGAUUUAGAUGGAAAUUCAUAUCCCGAUAUUGUUGUAGGAGCAUAUAAUUCAUCUGCAGUAGUAGCAUUGCUGUCUCGUCCAAUUAUUAGUAUACAAACUAAAUGGAGAAGUAAUGAAAUGAAAAAUAUUGAUCCCACUAAGCCAGGGUGCAGUACAGAUCACUUUACCAAUCUGACCUGUUUUACCUUUGAAGCAUGUUGUUCAAUUGAUCCAUAUGAGCAGGCUUCUGCUAACAAAGAUCUUAAACUGAUGUACACUGUGGAAGCUGAAACAUUUGCGCCUAAUAAAAAGUUUUCUCGAGUAUUCUUUGAUCGCGAUAACAAGAGAAGCAAUGUUAUCAAACGAGAAGUUACCGUUCGUACCGAUGGACGUCUUUCCUGCCAAAGAGUUACUGGGUAUAUAAAAGAAAAUACACGUGACAUUCAAAGCCCCAUUAAGUUAAGAUUAAACUAUACUCUGGUUGAAUCAAAACUACCGGAUUCGGCACUGAUAUCCUUAAACCCGAUACUAGAUCAAACUCAGGCUAAUAUCGAAUUUGAAGGCACAUUCCAGAAAGAUUGUGGAGAUGACGACAUUUGCGAGAGUAAUUUGCAACUCACUGCCGAAAUUGAUCUAAAUAUGGAGAAUGAAAACUAUGCCUUGAUAUUAGGUAAUCAAGAAGAAAUUCGUGUAAAUAUUAAUGUAUCCAAUUCAGCAGAUUCUGCAUACGAGACACAAGUUUUUGUUGUACACCAAAAAAGUGUAUCUUAUAUAGCUGCUAUAAAAACAAGCACCGCAAUUUGCAAUCGCUACAACGAAACGGUAGUUGCUUGUAGUCUGGGUAAUCCCAUGCGAAGAGGUACAGCAGCUCAAGUUUCAAUACGUUUUGAUCCUAGCGGACUAGAACUUGAUGAGCGCCAAUUAACUUUUAAUAUAUUUGCUAAUACGACUUCCAAAUUAAUUGGUGAACGCAAACCAGAAGUGCAAUUAGACGUUCAUGUGGUAAAGAGAGCCCAGUUAACUUUACAGGGUUGGGCUAGACCAGAACAGAGUUUCUAUAGUGGCGAAGUUAAGCUCGAUAAUUCCAUGAUGCAAAUGGAAGAUGUUGGUUCACAAUUAAUACAUACGUAUCAGAUCUAUAAUGAAGGACCUUGGAAGGCUCCGAAAGUUCAAUUGACAAUUUAUUGGCCUUAUCAGGUUUUCAGUGAAAAGGACAAACGGGAUAAAUGGCUCUUCUAUUUGGAAGAAAUGCCAGUAAUUGAAAACGCUCGACAAGGAGAAUGUUUUGUGCCAUCAGAAUAUAUUAAUCCAUUAAAACUAACAACCAAAUCGAAAUCAAGUCACAUUGUUGAUGAUCUUCUCUUAGGACCAGCACCCUUUAUGAUGAGACCAAUGAAUAAGUCCCACUUUGGGCACCGAAGUUUCAUGGAAAAGUCCUCAUAUAGCAAACAGGUAAACACUGAAGAAACUUCAUCCUUAAAUCGCCUGAGAAGGGACACAUUAACGAGAAUCAUACGACCAGAAAGAUUUAUGGACAUAAGAGAUAAUAAGAACAAAAAAAGGGAUAUAGUCGAACUGGAUUGUAACAAAGCCACAGCAAAUUGUAUUAAAAUACAAUGCGAAGUUUACAAUGUGCCACCAGGUGCUGAAAUCUAUGUGUAUGUUAAAGCAAGACUCUGGAAUUCAACUCUUGUCUCCGAACAUCCAAGGGCAGAUGCAGUAAGAAUUAUAUCGACAGCUCAUGUACAAAUUCCUCUUGAAUUUAGAGUGGAACAGAAGCGAACAGUGGAACCAAUCCUGGUGGAAACAAGGGCAUAUCCAGAAUUAAUAGAUCAACAGAGAGACACUUCACUUCCUUUGUGGAUUAUAAUUCUAGCCAUUAUUGGAGGUCUGCUGGUCUUGGCCCUCUUCACCUAUGCCAUGUGGAAGUGUGGAUUUUUCAAGAGAAGAAGACCUGAUCCCACAUUGAGUGGUAAUUUAGAAAAGAUGAAUGAAGAAAAGCCUUUUUUAAAUUCUAAAAACAACCAACGAGUUUUCUAACAACAAGGGACUGUUGGGUGGGACCUAUUGCAACAACAAAAACACUCAACGCCUAAGCCACCCAAAAAAUGCUUUGGCAAAACUACUACUACGACUACGACUACUAGUGAUAAUAUUGAUUAUGAAAAUAAUUUUAAUCAAAUCAACAACAAUAAUAACAAUAACAAUACCAGUACCACUAAUAACAACAACUAUUACUACAAUAUUUGUGAUACAAACAUUGAUGAGGCCUGCGUCAUUGAUUGGGGCACUUUGCGCUAAAAACAAACAAUUUUACUUAUAGAAAUCGAAAUAAAUUAUAUACAUACUUAUCUGUACAUCAUCUGCCUGCGACUAAUUAGAGAUAUACAGCAAAUUUCAUUCAAAGUUUAUAUUUUUUUAGCUUUUGAAAAAGAUAUUGAACCGAUUGCAGAACUCGGAACGAUGGACUGCGACGUUUAAAUAUGUAUGUAAAAAAUUUAAGAAGUAGGGAACACACAAAUUAAUUAAUUCAGUGCCAUUUUUACAUAAAGGUUUUACUUCAUAAUUCAAAUGUAAUAAUCUAGUUUAGUUUUUUGUAAUUAUAGAAGGCUUAAACUUAAAUUCUUUAAUUUAAAAACGUAUUGUAGAAAUAAUAUAAGUUUGAAGCACAUACAUACAUAUUGAUUGAUAUUGACUGAACAGUGGCAGCUCGAAAUUUCAAUAAUACGAAAUUUUUAUCGAUAAAAAUAUUUACUUAUCUCCUAUAUUGUAAUCUAUACUGCUUUACCAAAGCAAUGUCUUAAUGCUUCGAUUUAUUCCGAUUGUGUUUCUGCAUUUAAAUUUAAUUUAAACAAAUUCAAGCUUUUAAAGUUGUAGAUAUUUUAUAAUUUAUUUACAAUGUAUUUUUAUGUAAAACAAAUUACCCUUAAACUGCCCCAUAGGAAUUUCUUAUAUUAUUUAAUAAUAUUAUAUUUAAUAAAAAAAUAAAUAUUUUUCGAAUUGAUAUAAAUAAUAAAGAAUUAUGCAGUUGAGAUCACAUAAUUAUAAUUAUUUUCGAAUCAUUCAACAGAUUUGAAUUUAUGUAUUUUCAUAGUUUAUUAUUUUCUUUAAACAUUAGUUCCCUAAAUUUUUUUAUUUUUUACAGGAGUGUUAGCAAAUAUUAUUAACUUUUACUCGAAAUUGAAGAUUAUUACAACAUAAAAACUGCAAAAUUGUAUAUUAAAAUACGAGAAUACCCAAAUUUGUAUAUACCGUGUAUGUAUAAACCGUACUUCAAUUUGUUUCUUGUGAAAAUGUAAUGCAAGUAUUACAUACGGACAUAUUAUUUAUAUGUGUAAUAUAAAUAACUAAACAUAUUAUAUAAAUUAAUUAAAUUAAAAUCUUUUAUAAAACAAACAUUAAUAUUAAAUAUUUUGAAAAUAUGUGUUGCGGUAGUUUUAUGUCCAACAAAAAACAAAACAAAAAUAAAUAACAAUCCAAUAUUAAGUUAAAUAAUUUAAAUGCCUGUUUAAUGUUUGUAAAUAUUAACCUUAAGUGAAAUUCAAAGUGUCUUUUUAUGUUUUAUAAUUUAUUUAGAUUAACUAAUUUACUUAAUAUAAAAAGCACCUUCCUUGUUGCUAUUUUAAUCUACUUUUUUAUCUACAUAAGUUAUAUGUAAAUUAUUAUGUUGUUUCUUUUAUUUAAGCACUGAUUUAAUUGUAAUAUAAUUAAAAAAUAGUAUGUUUCACUUUUACUUGGUAAAAAAAAAAACAUAAAAAUAAAUU